AAAAAACUUUUUGUAUCGUAGGAAUCAACAGCCGCCAUCUUGACGCGGCUCAGAAUCGGGAUUUCUGGGAGAGAGUUAAUUGUCAAAAAACCGAGCGGAGCCACCCAGAGCGGACCCCGAACGCCAUUUUGUCGCCCCAAAUCGAAGCGCGAGCUCUUCCGGGGAGGAUUAAUGCAAACAUGUGAGGGCUACUGGAGAUUUUGUCGUGCCGAAAGGCCACCGUAUAUUUGAUUUCCCUUUUAGCGAGCGCCGCUUCUCGCCGUCCGCAUCGAACCUCCGUAUUUUCCGGCGCGACAGCCACUGAAAAAAUAAUCCGCCGAAAAGAAAAUAUUUCUCGAUUUUUGCUCUUUUUAUCGGAGCCCGAGGUGGAUUUUAAGAGGGCUCGUUUCGACGGCGAAAAAAAUGACUCCACACGGACGCGUCGCCGGCGAUCGUCGCAGAAAUGGCUUCUCAUUCGCUUGGCGUAAUAUUUCCUGAUUGAUUUUUAUUUAUUCUUCUCGACGUGAGAUAAUUUCGGAUGCAGUUUUGGGGAAUAAUUAUGUGGGUGUUGGAUGUUGGAUUAUCAUGGGGUGAUCUCCGGCGGCGAAGCGUGGCGCUGUUGCCUUUCUUUUGAAACCUUCUCUCCCCGGCAGCAUUUUGCCACACAAGGAAAAACCAAACAGUUAAAUUGAUUCCUUUUGACGCGCUGUCAUUGGAAAACGAUACCAAUUAGAAUAAAAAAAGCCUAGGACCACCUCAGGCUGAGUACCCAGAAUGGCUGACAAUCUGCUGGAUGUCGGACCCCCCACUGCAAAGCGACCCAAACUCAAUUCACCUCUCUCGGCUUCGGACGGCCCAGACCUUGUGUCCCUGUUUGACCUGGAAAAUGACCUUCCGGAUGAGCUCAUCCCCAAUGGAGACCUGUCUCAGAUGGGAAUGUCCUCUAAUGGUGGCGCCGGAGGAGGCCCAGGUCUCAACUCCAUCGUCCCAGACGCCGCCGCCAAACACAAGCAGCUGUCCGAGCUCCUGCGGCCUGGUAGCUCCUCCAACUUGGGAAGUUCUCUCAACUCUGCCAGUCCCCAAAAGGCAGGCAUCGUGGGAGGGCAGCUCGGAGUCGUGCUCGGAAAAAGCCCAAUUGGCCAGGGCUCUCCAAAUCAUCAGUCUCCCCAGGCCCAGAAAGUAGCAGUUGGUCCGGGGCAAGGCAAUGGAGGCGUGAGCUUCAAUCAGGCCCUAAUGAACAGUGGGCAGGGACACGGGGUCUUGGGCCCAGUUGGACAGGUGAUGAAUGGUGCUCUGGGACCAGCAGGCCGAGGAAGACCUGCCAUGCAGUACCAGAGCCAAGGUAUGCUUGGGGCAUCAGGAGGAAGCAUGUUGGCAGAGACGCUUACUCAAGGAGGGCCACAAUUAGGCGGACCCAACUCAUUGACUCCUCAGCAAGCUGGACACGUGAAUAAGAUGGGGAUGUCAGGAGCCCCGUUUGGCCAGCAGUACGGUCAAACAGGGGUCCAGCAGAUGGGGCCGACGGGUGUCAAUGCCCAACAACUUCAGAACAAGACAGCUCUUCCCAACAAUCUGCCUCAGUUCGCAUCGGAGCCAAAGGGAGCUGGAAAUGUUCCCAACAUGAUGCAGCAGCAGGUUGCGCCUGUGGGGAUGGUACCCAGCACCGGCAGCGUGGCAGCCGGUCCGACGCUUUGA